GCUCGGAGCUGGAAAUUUGGGUCCAUAUGAAAUUAUUGCGCAAACUUUGUGAAAGGGCAAAAUUGAAAGGCAUGUACCAAGGGUGUUUUCCUUAAGGGCGGAAAUAGUGCCAGCAGUUUCCGUAGAAGCAUGACCCCAACUGGUGGUGCAGCCGACGGAUUCGGCGGCAAAUGACUUCACAGGUUGGCCUUGUAGGGACAAUUUGUGAGUAUUCACUCUCACGACUGGAAUAGCCUGAACCGUCCGGGGAUUGUCACCGUGGGAAUCGACUUGGGUGACGAGGUUACAAUCAACUUUGACACUUGGAUAAGGCCAAGCGGCGGCGGUGUCCUCUUGGGAGAGAUUAUUAAACCCGACCUCUGCCAAGCUUGAAUCAUCAUUUUUUCAUAAUCGAGUUCGUGACUUGGUUUACGAAGCCGAGUGUGGUUUCUGCUUUCGGGGUUUUGAGGUUGUGAGUUUCACAGGCGUGUCUAAGGAGGAACCAUGGCUCUUUACGAUCAGAAUGCAGCAGCUCAGUUUGUGAACCACGAGGAGGCUCUGUUCGAGGCUCAGGUGGGCGAGGUGGAGAGAUGGUGGCAGUCCGAGAGAUGGCGCCUCACCAAGCGCCCUUACUCCGCCCGUGAGGUGUGCAAGCUGAGGGGCACCCUCCCACAGCAAUACGCCUCCAGCGAGCAGGCCAAGAAGCUGUGGCGCCUCCUCAAGACCCACCAGGCCAACGGCACCUGCUCCCGCACCUUCGGCGCCUUGGACCCCGUCCAGGUCGUGCAGAUGGCAAAGUACCUGGACACCAUCUACGUCUCCGGAUGGCAGUGCGCCUCCACCGCGGCCACCUCGAACGAGCCGGGCCCUGACCUGGCCGACUACCCCAUGGAGACGGUGCCCAACAAGGUGGAGCACCUGUUCAUGGCGCAGCAGUUCCACGACCGCAAGCAACGCGAGGCGCGCCUGGGCAUGACCAAGGAGCAGAGGCUGCGCACCCCGUACGUGGACAUGCUCCCGCCCAUCAUCGCCGACGCCGACACGGGAUUCGGUGGCACCACGGCCACCGUGAAGCUGGCCAAGAUGUUCGUGGAGAGGGGCGCGGCCGGAAUUCACAUGGAGGACCAGGCGUCCGUGACGAAGAAGUGCGGCCACAUGGGAGGCAAGGUGCUGGUGGCCACCUCCGAGCACAUCAACCGCCUGGUGGCGGCGAGGCUGCAGUUCGACAUCAUGGGCGUGGAGCAGAUUCUGGUGGCCCGGACGGACUCCGGCGCGGCGACGCUGAUCCAGUCCAACAUUGACCCGCGCGACCACUGCUUCAUUUUGGGCGCCACCAACCCGGCCGUGAAGGACUUCCCGCUGGUGCAGGCCAUGCUCGACGCCACGGAGGCGGGACUGUCGGGCGCUGCGCUGCAGGCCGUGGAGGACAAGUGGCUGGCGGAGGCCAACAUCCGGCUGUUCCAGGACGUGGUGGCCGACCACAUCAGGGCGCUGAACUUGUCGGAGGGGGAGAAGUCGAAGCGCGUGCGGGAGUUUUUGUCGCAGGUGGGAGGGCUGUCGAUUGUGAACGCCAGGAGGCUGGCGGCCAAGAUGGGCGUGGCGGAGGGCGUGUUCUUCGACUGGGACCUGCCCAGGACGAGGGAGGGGUACUACAGGUUCGACGGCGGCAUCAAGGCCUGCAUUGCCAGGGGGAUCGCGUUCGCGCCGUACUGCGACCUGCUGUGGAUGGAGACGGCGAAGCCGGACCUGAACGAGGCGCGGGAGUUCGCGACGUGCGUGAAAGCCAAGUGCCCGGAGCUGAUGCUGGCGUACAACCUGUCGCCGUCGUUCAACUGGGACGCGGCCGGCAUGACGGACGAGCAGAUGCAGAGCUACAUUCCGGAUUUGGCGCGGCUCGGGUUCGUUUGGCAGUUCAUCACGCUAGCGGGAUUCCACUCGAACGCGCUGGUGGUGGACACGUUCGCGCGGGACUACGCGCAGCGAGGGAUGCUGGCGUACGUGCAGGACAUCCAGCGCCAGGAGAGGACGCACGGCGUGGAGACGCUGGCUCACCAGACGUGGAGCGGGGCCAAUUACUACGACCAGCUGCUGAAGACGGUGACGGGAGGAGUGUCGUCCACCGCAGCCAUGGGUCACGGUGUGACGGAGACACAGUUCAAGGACGACAGCUACCACAGUGGGGAGGUGUACGCCAAGUCGAAGUUGUAGAGACGAGGGGGACGAAAGGAGGCCUGCAAGCGAAGGUUAGCCAGUGGUUGGGAGACGCCCGAUGGUUGCGAUUUCCGCAAACUAGUCGAGUUGCAGCUCCAGAUAUAUGUGAAGCAUCGGAUAGAUGGAUAGAACGUCUAGAACUUGGUGAGCCUCGUGACUGAGGACAUGGCGCAAGCUGGUGGAAGUCGCGGGAACUAGGAGCGUGGGUUGAUGUGCGGCAUGUGGAGCGUGUAAAUCGAUUUUAGGUCCCUACUCGGUCGCAAUGGCAGGGUUCCAUGUUGAUUGCUAGCGGGAUUUCGGUAUAGUCAUUGUUAUACCGUAUAAAUUGUUUUGUUGGUACUGAGUAUUUUAUAAUUAGUUGAUUAAUUAAUAAUUGAUGUUUGUAUUUCUAAA